AGUGGUCCUUGGGAAGAGUACAACGCUUAUUUCGGUCUUCGCAGUCACUUUCCUCUAUAAGGAGAUAGCCUACAGUCAACAGUUAAAGCCACAACGUUUUUUCUUCAUCUUUCUUCUUCUGGAACCAGGGCACAGAUCCUUCUCCUCUGUGUACCACUGCUCACCUCUAGUCUCCUCUCUUCUAUGCCCCUUGCCACUCUCCUCUCUUCUCUAGGAUCAUGGCGUCGGGGCAACCAGUUGGCCCCAGGCUGCAACGUCUUUUCCUGCAUUUCGAUCCUGAGGCUGCUGGCGUGGUGACGAUCCUGCUGGGGCUCUUCCAGGUGCUGCUGUCUGUGCCACUCUACCACAUGCCCAUCAGCCUGCCAAAACAUUCUUUCCUGGUCCCACUCUUCAUUGGUUUUGUGGUUGUGGCGGCAGGAGCAUUUGUUGUAGCCAAUGAGAAAAGCCCCAACAGACGGCUGUUAAAAGGAUGUGCCUACAGUAACAUAGCCGGCCUGUUGGGGGCGAUGCUGGCAUUCUGUGUCUAUGUGGUCUCCAUAGUGACCCUGGAGCCUGAGCCUGAACGCUGUGCAUCUUUUCACAACCAACCCUGGAAUGCAACUCAGUGUCCCUCAGACUACCUUGAAACGUUCUUUACUGCGUUGAACGUGCUGCUGUUGUUUUACAACAUCGGAGCUCUGGUCCUUCACUCUCUCCUCUCCGUCUCCAGUUACAAAGCACUUAUGGGUUAAUGACAUACCGGCGCAUGUAAUCCCACACACAUCCAAUGCACAAAUGCAAUCACUCACACACACCAAAAAGUGACGUUCUGACAAAAACUGAUAUCCGUCCCCUGUAACUGAAUUUAAACUGGUAAAAAGGACUGGAUUGGUUAUACCCAGGGCACAGAGCAGGUGAAAUAAUGCACUCAUAUUUGUGAAAGAGAUGUAUCUAGUUUCCAAAUAUCGGCAUUUAACAAUGAUAGACACACCAAACACAUACAAAACAUCAGGAACAAACUUUAGUAUUGCCUAUAAUCCUGUAAGUGUAAUGUCUGAUCACGCUAAACUACACUUCAUUUGCCACAUUUGUUUACAAUGAACGUUAAAGUUUUACAAAGACAUUUCUUCUCUUACCAAGGAUAUAAAGUUACGUGUAUUUGUAUGUUCGUACUGUUUGAUCUAGAUACAAGCAGCUGGAUACACUGGGAGAUACUGCUUGUGCGGACGCCAGUUUCUUGGCAGAAAGUCUAUUUUCGCCACCACACCGGCUUUGCACAUACGUGCAUUUACUUUAUUACUAAUUAUCUUCGACUAUUUUCUCAUAAAAAAACACCUAUAGCCUAUUCUUUUUGUAGUUUGUAUACAGAAUAAUUACUUAUAUAAUAAACUAUUUGAAAUGAAAA